CGAGAGCAGAUAAAGGAUCACACCGCAGGAAAGUCAUGGAAGGCACUGACACUGUCGCAGAAGAGGCCGUACGUGGAUGAGGCGGAGCGGCUGCGCCUGCAGCACAUGCAGGACUACCCCAACUAUAAGUACCGGCCGCGCAGGAAGAAGCAGGCCAAGCGCCUCUGCAAGCGCGUGGACCCUGGCUUCCUCCUGAGCUCCCUGUCCCGAGACCAGAACGCCCUGCCGGAGAAGAGCAGCAGCGGCCGGGGGGCGCUGGGGGAGAAGGAGGACAGGGGUGAGUACUCCCCGGGCACCGCCCUACCUGGCCUCCGGGGCUGCUACCAUGAGGGGCCUGCUGGCAGCAGCCGUGCUCCGGGCAGUGUGGACACGUACCCAUAUGGGCUGCCCACGCCCCCGGAGAUGUCUCCCCUGGACUUGCUGGAGCCCGAGCAGACCUUCUUCUCCUCCCCCUGCCAGGAGGAGCAUGCCCACCCCCACCGCAUCCCCCACCUGCCAGGGCCCCCUUACUCACCCGAGUAUGCCCCCAGCCCCCUCCACUGCAGCCACCCCCUGGGCUCCCUAGCCCUGGGCCAGUCUCCAGGUGUCUCUGUGAUGUCCACUGUAGCUAGCUGUCCCCCGUCUCCUGCCUAUUACUCCCCUGCCACCUACCACUCUCUGCAUUCCAACCUCCAUGCCCACCUGGGCCAGCCUUCCCCACCUCCCGAGCAUCCUGGCUUCGAUGCCCUGGAUCAGCUGAGCCAGGUGGAACUCCUGGGGGACAUGGAUCGCAAUGAAUUUGACCAGUAUUUGAACGCUCCUGGCCAUCCAGACUCUGCCACUGGGGCGGUGGCCCUCAGUGGGCAUACCCCAGUUUCCCAGGUGCCACCAAGGGGUCCCACGGAGACCAGCCUCAUCUCUGUGCUGGCUGAUGCCACAGCCACGUACUACAACAGCUACAGUGUGUCUUAGAGCCAGAGGCGCCCUCGCCUUCCUGAGCAUCAAGCAGAGCGGAGACCGCGCGGUGCUGCCAGCCAGGCGGGGAGGUCUGAACUGCCGCCCAGCAACUCCGUCCUGAAGCCGGGUGUGCUGGGCUGAUCCCAGUGCCCCUCCACCCCCCAUCCCCCCGUUCCCCUCCCUGCCACCUGCGUUUUGAGUAUAUUCCUUGGAAUGGGUUUUCACUGGCUACACUGGGAACAGGGCCUUCUGCUUGCUGAGAGGUGCUGCUUCCCCGCAGGAUUUUCACUGAACUCUUCCUCGGCCCCAUCACUGAAACCAAUGGUGAAAAGCCCAGCAGUUUUCCAAACCCUCCUGGUUUUUGACACAGCCACACCUGGUCUUUGGGUCCCCCAGGUGAAAAGAGCCCUGGGCCAGGAUCCAGGCUGCCGGGGUCCAGGCCCAGUUCUGCUACAUGUGCUGGUGAAACCCCACCACAUCCCUGCUCCCUCCCAGCCGUCCCCUAUCUGUAAAGGGAGGAACAGACUUGAGAGCCAAGCUCCCUCCUGUUCCAGAGUUUCUGAUUUAGGAUUCUCUCAAGACUAACUAACAGAAGAGGGGAAAUUUGACUCAUUAAUGAGCUCGUUAACGUACAACCUGGUGAUAAUUUCAUGUGCACGGCCCAAGGACAUGAGGCUUUCUGCACUCCCUCCCAAAAUCACCAUAGAAUUCCAAAAAGACUGCUUUCCAGUUUGAGAAAAAACACUCAUCCUGAUUUGGGAAAUUUGGGAAAUUAAUCACUACGGUUGACUUCAUCACUGAAAAUAAGAUUGAAUUCUAACUUUUAAAAAAAAUAUAUUUUUUAGAUAAGUUCUUUUUCAUGACACACACACUUCAAAAGAAUAUGCACAGUCUGAAUAUGUACGGUGGGCGUGUGAGAGACACCCCCCCAUGCCACCCUUAAUCACCUCUGUCUGCACAGCCUAAAUCAGAUGUUCUUAUUAAUGAUGGCAGCUUCUCACCAACUCCCUGUUCCCAGUGGCCCAAAGAGCCAGGGUACCUAAAAGGACUUUGCGACAGAGCAGCAUCACUGCCCUCACCUGGAUGUACCGAUUUCUUGAGCAAAAUUCCAGCAUACCUUCCUUUCUGUAGACUCAAAAGGAGCUCCCUUCCCAGCCUCUCCAGCACCUUUCUCUCUUUCCUGGGAUUUCUUUUUCUCUUUUUCCUGGCUCUCCCUCUACCCCUGAAUUGGUCCUUAUUCAAAGAGCCCCUGACUUAAAAUCCCAAGCAUGACUUACCUGGCUGCGAGGGGAGUUCGUUUCCCUCCCAAGCCUCUGGUUCCCUUGGCAGCUUUAUUACACAGGCUUCCCCCAUCAGACACACACUGAUAGUCUGCAGGUGCUUCUGUGCCAUGCUGGCCCUGCCCCCAAACACUCCCGUUCUUCCCCAGACCUCGUUGGAAGGAACAUGGCUCACAGUGAGCUAAGACAGCCACUUGUUUUCUGUUUUCACAUAUUAUUGCCUGUAUGAAAUGUGUUUUAUGUAGUCUCCUAUUACUUUCCCCUUCUGUUUUGCAUUAUUGACAAAUCCUUCUUUUCCUUCCAAGAAGUCUUAUUGUAAAAUCGCCUAUGAGAUAUGAUUAAUCUUUAUUCUGUUACUGUAUAUGCCUUUUGGUAAUAAGUAGUAAAUGGUUGAUGAUGUGCUUGACGGGUGCACAGUCCAGAAUGUGUAUUAAUGAUCCUGUGUAACAGUGUCACAGACAUUAAGCUAAACUGUUCCAUUUCUUUCUUUUCUUUUUUGUAAGAACUACACAUGUUUUGGAAUGGUUGUAGAUAAUGAUUUGUUGAAAAUAUUUAAAUAAAUGUUUUUGUAUGAUGACCAUU